AUGCAUCGAAAUGAUGGAGAAGUGAUAGUUAAGGAUAAGGAAUGGGGCAAAGCACAUGAUGAACACAACGUUCUUGAUGGUAAGUGUGAGCAUGAAGUGUAUUAGAU